ACUACAAGAAGCAGACAUAUGUGUUCUGCUACAGGGCUAAGCUUAAGGGAACGUGCUGUGUAAUGUACACCACCUGUGUGCUUCCUGGCUAUGGUAUUACUGUGGCUACAGUCGCUACGACAGGCUCAAUUUGCAUACUUGGUGACUCUAGGUAAAAGGGGGAGUGUGUGUGUGUGUAUGUGAGAGAGAGAGAGAGAGAGAGAGAGAGAUAGAGAUCGAGCAAGAGAAGUGGUAAAAGCGUGGCCGGCUGUUGAAACUGGUCAAAUCCAUCUUUAGGCCCCAAGAUGUGCUGAUGGGUGAAAACCAAACAGCUUGGAGGGUUUAUUAAGUGGGCCAGUUGCCAUAGCGACGCUUUGGCAGGAUAUUGCCAGGAUAAGCCGUAAUGGGUCUCCUGACGCAGUUCACUCUGCUCCUGUGGAAGAACUUCACUCUCCGGAAGAGACAAAAGGUGCGGCUAGUCAUUGAAGUGCUAUGGCCUCUGUUUCUCUUCUUCAUUCUGGUGUGGGUGCGUUCCACCAACAAGCCACUUUACAAAGGCCAAUGCCACUACCCAAAUAAAGCCAUGCCAUCAGCUGGAGUGCUGCCCUGGCUUCAAGGUAUGAUGUGUAACAUGAACAAUCCCUGUUUGGAUUAUCCAACGCCGGGGGAGACACCAGGCCAAGUCAACAACUUCAACAACUCCAUAAUUGCUGGGAUGUUGAUAGAGCUGCAGACCCUCCUGGUGAACAGAUCUAUUCUCAGCAAGGCUCAGUUGCUGGCAGAUGACCUCAACCAGUGGGCUUCUGUCCUGUCACAGUCUAACCCUGCUCAACCAGUAAUCCUAAGGAGUAUUCUGCGAGACAAUGAAACUUUCUCCACUCAUCUGAAGGGGAAUUUGUCAGUGCCACCAGCAGUGGUCCAGAGCCUUAUGAAUGCUGAGAUUCAGCUCAAUCCAAUGAUGGGCAUCCCGAGGCCAGACAACCUGAGGCGCAUCCUGUGUGAGGGGACAGAUCUGGAUGAGUAUGUCCAAUUUAGCAGCCAAGCUGAAAAGGAGGCUUUUCAAAAUGUCAGCUGCUUCCGCACUCCAGAGCAGCUGAUUAACACCCAGCAAGUACUCCUGCAAAACCUGGAUGCAAGGAAAGUGCUUUCUGAGCUACCUUCAGCUUUGGCUCUGAAUCCAGCAGACACAGCGACACUGAUGAGGAAAACCACUCUAGAUGCGUUACCAGUGAUUGAGGAGAUGGCCAGGUUACAGAACUCCAUGAUCUUUAAGGCUGCUAGUUCACUGGAUUUCCAAAGGGACAUGAUUGGCAGUAUCAAUAUGUUACUGUGUGAAAAACAGCCUGGCUUCAAUUCCACCAAUAUGCCCAUCAGUUUACGCUCACCUAGACAGAUGGCUAACAACGAGUCAACCUCCAUUAUGGGCAACAGUUCCGAUGCUUUUUGUCAGACUCUUGUCAACACCCUCGAGGGCACACCUGGUCUGCGCUACGUUUGGAGUACCUUCAAGCCGUUACUGCAAGGGAAAGUCCUCUACACACCUGAUACACCUGCUGCUCGCCUCAUGGUGAAAGAGGCAAAUAGUACAUUCAACGCUUUGGCUAUGCUUAAAGAGCUCGCUGAUUUGUGGGAUGAACUCGGGCCACGUAUCUGGAAUUUCCUUCAAAAUAGCCCUCAAGUCAGUUCAAUACGGGCUCUGCUCGCAAAUCCAGUGUUUGCUGCUGUCCUCAACCAGCGUCUCAACAGCACAGGAUGGACAGCCGAGCUGCUGGCCAACUUCCUAUACAACGGGCCUCCAGAGGAUCGUCCACCUGGCAUGCCACCCUAUGACUGGCGGGAUGUUUACAAUACCACUACCCAAACCCUGAAGCUUCUGUCCAACUUCCUUGGUUGUUUAGACCUGAAUAAGUUUGAGGCAGCCCCCACUGAAGGCCAUCUGGUGAGAAAAGCACUGGAACUUCUGAAGAAUGAUACGUACUGGGCUGGUGUUGUCUUUGAAAACCUCCAGCCGGACUCCAGCCACCCCCCUUCUUAUGUCAAAUACAAAAUUCGCAUGGACAUCGAUGAGGCAGAGCGUACCAACAAAGUGAAAAACAGGUUAUGGUCUCCCGGGGCCAGAGACAACUCCUUUAACGACCUGCGCUAUAUAUGGGGAGGCUUCGCCUACCUGCAGGAUAUGAUGGACCAUGGCAUUAUACGAGUGCAAACGUCAAAGACCCAGCCCCUCGGCAUUUUUGCACAGCAAAUGCCAUACCCUUGCUUCGUGGAUGACGUGUUCCUCCGGUCUCUGGCAAACUCCCUCCCCUUAUACAUGACUUUAGCCUGGAUCUACUCAGUGGCCAUGAUCGUUAAGGGUAUCGUCGCAGAGAAAGAGGCGAGGCUUAAGGAGACAGUGAGGAUCAUGGGCCUGAGAAGUGCCAUCUAUUGGCUGAGCUGGGCAGUGUCCAGUGUGCUGCCGCUGGCCGUCAGCGCUCUCCUCCUUACCCUUAUACUGAAGUAUGGCAAAGUGCUGCAAUACAGCGACCCCUCAGUAAUCUUUGUCUUCCUGCUGGUGUUCUGCCUGACCACCAUCACUCAGUGCUUCUUCAUUAGCGUCUUCUUCUCUAAGGCCAACUUAGCAGCGGCGUGCGGCGGCCUCAUCUACUUUGUCCUCUACCUGCCGUACAUCCUUUGCUAUGCCUGGAGGGACGUCAUGGGUUUCCGGGCCAAGGUUGUUGUGAGUUUAUUGUCAUGUGUGGCCUUUGGCUAUGGCUGCGAGAACUUUUCCAAGUACGAGGUGCAAGGCAUCGGUAUUCAGUGGUACAACAUUAACAAGAGUCCAGAAGAGGGAGAACGCUACACCUUCAUCGUGUCCAUCAUCAUGAUGCUCUUUGAUGCUGCUUUCUAUUGGCUGCUCACCUGGUACAUUGAGAAUGUCUUUCCAGGCCAAUAUGGAAUCCCUAAGCCAUGGUACUUCCCUUUCACUGCAUCUUAUUGGUGUGGGACAGCCUCAGUGACUGACAUUGACCCCGACUUGCAGAAGGACUCCACUGUACAUAACGAGUAUCUGGAGAAACCACCACCCAAUAUGAAAGCAGGGGUCUCAAUCCACAAUCUUGUUAAAAUCUACAAGACUGGAAAAAAGCUUGCCGUGGACGGACUGAGUCUGGACUUCUACGAGAAUCAGAUCACAUCUUUUCUCGGCCACAACGGAGCCGGAAAAACAACCACAAUGUCAAUUCUGACUGGACUGUUCCCACCUACAUCAGGAACAGCUCUCAUCAAUGGAUAUAACAUCCAGACUGACAUGGACAGCGUCCGAAAGUACUUGGGAAUGUGCCCACAACACAAUGUCUUAUUCAAUGAGCUGACAGUGGAGGAGCAUAUCUACUUCUAUGCAAGGCUGAAAGGACUUAGCCGCGAUGAGGUGAAAAUUGAGAUGGACCAGAUGAUUAAGGAUGUUGGUUUACUACAUAAGCGGAAGGAUCUUGCUAAGAACCUGUCAGGUGGGAUGCAAAGGAAGCUGUCUGUGGCUAUAGCAUUUGUCGGCGGCUCAAAAAUCGUCAUCUUAGAUGAACCUACAGCGGGAGUGGACCCCUAUGCUCGCAGGGGUAUCUGGGAACUGCUGUUAAAGUACAAACAAGGUCGCACCAUCAUUUUGUCUACACACCACAUGGAUGAGGCAGACAUCUUAGGUGAUCGCAUUGCCAUCAUCUCCCAUGGCAAGAUGCGUUGCUGUGGCUCCUCACUCUUUCUAAAGAAAUGUUUUGGCAGCGGCUACUACCUCACUCUGGUCCGAGAUGGGACUGAAAAGAUGACAGCUCAACGUAAUGGUAUCGUACACAGUCAGGCCAAAGAGGGAAAAGAAUGUCCUUCGAGGAGCAGCAGCCCUGAUGAUGGCAUCGGCAGCCAAAGCUGGGGGAACUCUGAUCCCUCAGAUUUGACAGCUGUGGGUCAACUUGUGCGGCGCCACGUCCCUGAGGCAGUCUUCUUGGAGAGCAUCGGUCAGGAGAUCACCUACAUACUGCCUUAUGGUGGAGCCAGAGAUGGGACCUUUGCCCUGCUCUUCCAAGAGCUCGACCUGGCCAUGGCUGACCUCGGCCUGACGAGCUACGGCAUCUCUGACACCACGCUGGAGGAGAUAUUUCUAAAAGUGGCAGAGGAUACGGGAGUGGAUGCAGAAAUACCACCAACAAAGGAGCUGUUGGUGAGAGACUGCAAAAGAAGCUCUCGCGCAUCCAAGCGGAACAGCAUCGCCAGCGUCCACAUUAAAACAGAACAAGUCUCUGGAAUGAAUGAAUUAAAGGGAAAGUUCACAAGUAAAGUGGAAGACUUAAAGAGGAACGCCAGUGUCAGUGGGAGGGGAUCCACGGUCAUCACCGGAUGGGAGCUGAUCAGGAGGCAGUUCCUGGCGCUCUUUAUCAAGCGCUUCCACAACGCCCGAAGGAGCCGCAAGGGUCUCAUUGCCCAGGUGGUCUUGCCUGCUGUUUUUGUGUGCCUGUCUCUGAUCUUCUCACUCAUCGUCCCACCAUUCACUGAAUAUCCGAGUCUGGAGCUGCAACCCUGGAUGUACGGUCUGCCUCAAACCACCUUUUACAGCAAUGACGGCCCAGAUAAUGUGGAGGUAUCUCAGGUGGUGGAAACCUUGGUAAACAAUCCUGGCUUUGGAACUCGCUGCAUGAAUGGAGACCCAAUACCGAAGUUACCGUGUUCUUCUAGUGGCUCUGAUUGGUUCACUCCAUCUGUGGAUCAGUCCGUCACUGACAUCUUCCUCAACGGGAACUGGAGCAUGUCUAACCCCUCCCCCUCCUGUCAGUGCAGCACGCCGAAACGGACGAUCAUGUUACCUGACUGUCCACUCGGUGCAGGAGGACUCCCUCCACCUCAGAGGAUCCAGAACACAACAGAGACAUUGUUGGAUUUAACUGGACGGAACAUGACAGACUUCUUGGUCAAAACGUUUGAACACUCGGGUAAAUCAAGGUAUGGAGGGAUCUCUGUUGGAGCGGUCAACUCCCAAGUCCGUCUGACCGAGGGAGCAAUCGAAGCUGCAUUCAGUGAUCUAAAAGACCUAUUCAUUUUAUUUCAGGAUAAUGUGACUGAUCAGAUCUUCCAGAAGGCUGAGACACUGCUGAAGAAGCUUGGAACCAGGGACAACGUGAAGGUGUGGUUCUACAACCAGGCAUGGCACGGCAUGGCGUCCUUCCUCAGUGUGGCCAACAAUGCAAUCCUGAGGGGAAAUCUGGCGGCAGGACAGGAUCCCCACAAGUACGGCAUCUCUGUGUCCAAUCACCCCCUCAACCUCACCAAGGAGCAGCUCUCCUAUGUUGCCAUGGCCACAACCUCCACUGACAUGGUGGUGUCCAUCUGUGUUAUCUUUGCCAUGUCCUUCAUUCCUGCCAGCUUUGUCCUUUUCCUCAUCCAAGAGAGGGUGAACAAAGCCAAGCAUCUGCAGUUUGUCAGUGGGGUAAACCCAGCUGUCUACUGGUUGGCCAAUUUUGCCUGGGACAUGUGUAACUACAUCAUCCCAUGCUUGAUUGUGAUUGGGAUCUUCCUCGGCUUUCAACAAAAAGCCUAUGUUUCACCUGCUAACCUGCCUGCUUUGAUUCUGCUGCUUAUUUUGUAUGGGUGGUCCAUCACCCCCAUGAUGUACCCUGCCUCCUUCAUCUUCAGCGUGCCCAGCACAGCCUACGUGGUGCUGACCUGCAUCAACCUCUUCAUUGGUAUAAACGGCAGCGUGGCCACCUUUGUUAUGGAGCUCUUUGAUGAUGAUAAUGUCUCCCGCAUCAAUGAGAUAGUGAAGCAGGUGCUGCUGAUAUUCCCACAUUUCUGUCUGGGCAGAGGGCUAAUUGACAUGGCCAAGAACCAGGCAAUGGCCACCCUCUUCAGCAGUUUUGGGGAAGACCGUUUCAAGGACCCACUCAGCUGGGAAAUGGUGGGAAAGAACCUUUGCGCCAUGUUCAUCCAGGGUGUUGUCAUGUUUGCCAUCACAAUCCUUAUCCAGUAUAAGUUCUUUUGCAAACCAAGGCUUAUUUCGGGGAAGUCAUUAUCUGCAGAGAAAGAAGAUAUCGAUGUUGCUCGGGAACGUAAGCGGGUGUAUGAAGGCAAGGCCCAGAACGACCUUCUGAGGAUCUGUGACCUCACUAAGGUAUACCCUCGGAAGAGCACCCCUGCUGUGGACAGGCUAUGUGUGGGCGUGCCUGCCGCAGAGUGUUUCGGCUUGCUGGGAAUCAACGGGGCUGGGAAAACCACCACGUUCAAGAUGCUGACAGGAGACAUCCCAGUCUCCAGUGGAGAGGCCUUCCUAAAUGGAUACAGCAUACGAACAGAAAUGAGAAACGUGCACCAGAACAUGGGCUAUUGUCCCCAGUUUGAUGCUAUUGAUGACCUGCUGAAUGGACGAGAGCAUCUGGAGUUUUACGCCAGGUUACGAGGGGUACCAGAAAAAGAGGUCACCAUGGUGGCCGAGUGGGGGAUCCAGAAGUUGGGGCUGGUCAAAUAUUCCACCAAGUCAGCAGGAACCUACAGCGGUGGGAACAAACGCAAACUUUCUACAGCAAUAGCCCUGAUCGGUUGUCCUCCUGUGAUUUUUCUGGAUGAGCCAACCACUGGGAUGGACCCCAAAGCCCGGCGCUUUCUGUGGGACUGCAUCCUGAGUAUCAUCAAAGAGGGACGCUCAGUCAUUCUCACAUCACACAGUAUGGAGGAGUGUGAAGCACUGUGCACACGCAUGGCCAUCAUGGUAAACGGUCGCUUCAAGUGUUUCGGGAGCAUCCAGCAUCUGAAGAGCAGAUUUGGUGAUGGCUACACAGUGAUUGUGAGGGUUGGUGGCUCUCCUCCCGCAUUGACGCCCGUCGAGGACUUCGUCCAGCAGACCUUCCCAGGCAGCGUCCUGAAGGAGAAGCAUCACAACACACUGCAGUAUCAGCUCCCAUACACACAGGGAGCUUUGGCCAACAUCUUCAGCCAGUUCACCAUCCAUCAGCAGAGUCUGGGUGUGGAGGACUACUCUGUGUCCCAGACCACUCUUGAUCAGGUUUUUGUGAAUUUUGCAAGGCACCAGCAUGGGGACAAGGACUCUCAGGCCUAUGUCAACCCAGUUGACACUUCAGAUGAGCUGCCAUUGGAGUCUGUGAAAACCUCCCAAGAAGCAGAGAAGGUGUAACACGCCCAUAAGAAAAGCAAAACACAUUGCACUUAUAGUGGGCCAGCAAUAUACCUUAAACAAGUUUGAAUGGGUGUGAUUUGCACUGGCACUGGUGCAGUAUUUGGCUUUAAUCACCAUAUUGCACCCAGGCUGGCCGUCCAAACAUGUCAAACUUUUUGUACAGCCAGUGCUCAAGCGAACUAAUGCCUGGUAUUGGCCAACAAUAACAUUUAAUUGUUUGUGUUGUCUUCCAUAACCAUUUCUACCCAUGCUUAACCAUCUCUAACAUAACUGAUCUAAACCUAACAAUAUAUGUCUAAAACUUAAAAUCAAAUGACUAGAUCUCGAGUGAGUGCUUACUGCAAAAACUUUCCAACUCAUCAAGUUAUUUCUGUAUCUAAUCAAAUCCUAAGAACCUUAUUUUCUUAAAACAAGGAUGUCUAAUAGAAAUAUUCAAUUUUAUUAUAGAAAAACAGCUUGUUUAAAAAAAAAGUAUGUUAAACAACUGACACAACGCCAGUCCAAUUUUGUUUUGAGUAUAUUGCUGACCUUAUAUACUUCAGGAGACUGAAAGGACCUCUGAUCCUCUGAAAGCAUCAUACAUUGCACAGCAUUUAGGAUACCUCAGGAUUGAACUUUAAAUUUAAUUAUUUUUGUUUAUAUUUGCUGUUGGUUAUAACUGAUAAUAUGUUGCACUGUAAAAUUACAUAAAAGAGAAGAGCUUGCUUGCCCUGAUGUGUUUAGGUGGGUGAGAGCAGGUCAGAUAUCAGGCUACAUACUGCUAUGUUGGAUCACUUAUGCUGACAUUUAUAGAUAUAUUUUAAAGAAUAACAACAAGCGACUAAUGUAGGAGUAUUUUGUCAGCACAAAUCAUAAAAAAAACAUUUAACCAUAGUUGGUUCCAACCUCGCAUUGUGAUUCGCCAGCAGGCACAUAAAUGAUUGCCACUGAUAAGAAAUUAAUAAUAACAACUCUGUCAGAUGUGUUGACUUUGAAUGUCUGAAUGAGCCUCCAAUCAGCUGUAGAUGGUGUUUAAUGGAAGACAUUGAGGUUACGGUAGUGGGAUAAUGCCAAGUCAGUCAGAGUCAACCAGCUGUCAAACAUGUCUGCAAGAAAGACAACACAUCCCAUGUGAGCACCAGCCACAUCUUACAGACAACUGCAGCUGCAUUUGAUGCAUUCCUGAUGUGUCCAUUUAUAUCAUGAAUGUAAGUGGACACAUCAGAAACAUCUAAGAAUUGCUAAUCAAUGUAUGGACAAGAAUACAUUUAUUUUUUAUGAGAUUUUAAUGCAUUGCCUUGUUAAUUCUAUCUAUUUUAUUCAUCUGUUUUUCUUUGCAUAUUCUAAAUAAACCAUCACUGAGAUUUUUUUUGUCAUGUGGCAUGCUGGUAAUGACACUGGUGUGUUUUAAUCUAUGACCACCAGAGACCAGUGUCUCGGAAUAUAGCACUCCGUCUCCUGCACAGUACUCUGCAUUUAGUAAGUAAUACAUUUUGUCACAAUGUGCCUUUUAAACACCCAGUGAUGGCUCUGAAAACCCUUUAACAAUCAAUGAUGACACUGGAUAGCAGCAUGCCUUAUUUACAAAGACAUAAUGUUUUUAAACUAUAAAAUGGCUUUUCUGUCAUUCAUUUUUGAAUUAAUUUUCACAACAUAGCUGUAAUAGAUAUAGAAGGUAUUGUAUUGCAAACUUUGGACAAACAAAAUUGAAAACUGUUAAAUGGUUUAUACUGUAUAUCUCAGGAAUGUUUUAUGUGCAAUUUUGACUCAGGAACAUUUACUCGUAAAUGGAAAGAGUUAUUUAUAGCUCCUAUUAUUUUCAACAUUCUGGACUGUACUGAACAACAAUGAAAGAUUGUAAGUGUCCCAACAAUUAAAAACCCCAAAGCAUUUUACUUAUGCAGCUUACAUUACUUGGCACUUACUUCAGAAUGUAAAUACUUCUUCAAUUCGCCCCUCACAGGCGCUCUGGUUUACUUUGAGAGCUUGACAUAAUUUGUAUGCUGUGCUAAGUCCUCACAUUACUGUCUUGCCCGUUGCAAAGAAUAAUGAAUCCUAUUUGUACUGAAUAUUGCUUCAUGCCAAGACAAAUGAUUAAACAUUUACACAAAUUGUAA